AUGGAGAAUGACGGCCGCCUUGCUCCCCGCCAAAUAUGGGCCCGACCGACAAGCACGACCACCAGAACAUAUGUACCAGGCUGUACUCCGUUCUUACUUCCUAGUGAUGGCUAUGUGUAUAUCAAUCGUACCUACUCAAUAUCCCUCGACGAAAAUGCCGUCUUUGACCCCAUGUGCACGAGUACGCCGACGACGACAGAACAUGCCGGUGCUGCGCUCGAUAUUCGCGACCCCUUUUACGCGUCGGUGACUCCGCAAUUAUAUGCCAUGGGCUGUGCCACCGUCGUCAGCUAUCUACUCGUCAUUAUCCUACUCAUCACGCCGCGAACAUUUUAUGUCGGUGGGCCCGGCGGCGGUGCCAACUUUUUGGGUCGACAUGGGAUGGUCAGCGGGUCGUACAGCAACAAUUCCUCCGUUGUCGGAGUCGGCGGUCGUCCGUGGCUGCAAAAGGUUGCGGCGCUUCUGGUCGCGAUAUCGCUUACGAUCGCGACUGCUGAUUCCUUCCGCGUGGCUGAGAGGCAGUAUGAUCACGGCUACUCCGACGCCGAGGCGCUGACAUCGGAGGUUAUUGAUGGCACCGAGAUCAAAGUUGUCCGGAUCAUCUCUAGUACCUUCUUAUGGCUAGCUCAGGUGCAGACCCUGAUUCGCUUAUUUCCGCGGCAUAAAGAGAAAAUAAUGAUCAAAUGGGCAGGCUUCGCCCUGAUCGUGCUCGAUACUAUUUUUGCGAUUCUAGACAAAUUCCUGGUCAAGACGAACACCACGCGACCACGACUUUACGAAGAUGCCAUUCCUGCUCUCAGUUACUUAUUUGAACUCGCCCUCAACCUCCUCUACGCUGCAUGGGUCAUCUUUUACUCCUUGUCGAAACAUCGAUUCGCCUUCUUUCACCCUAAGAUGAGGAAUAUCUGCCUCGUCGCACUCUUAUCGCUAUGUGCAGUUCUUAUACCCGUUGUCUUCUUUGUUUUGGAUAUUGCGAAACCGGAAAUAGCCGGCUGGGGUACAUAUAUUAGGUGGGUAGGCUCGGCGGCCGCCAGUGUUGUUGUUUGGGAGUGGGUGGAACGCAUUGAGGCGCUGGAACGGGACGAACGAAAAGACGGAAUUCUUGGAAGAGAAGUUUUCGACGGCGAUGAAAUGCUAGAGGUCACGCCUUCCGAAGAGGUUGAUUGGCCUCGCCACCACUUCCCCGGGGGUGAUCGCGGCGGAGGGACUGGCAUGUCUUCAGCUUGGGGAGGAAUGAUGGGUCUCGCGCACAGGCCUUUGCGCCCGCGAGGCGGUCGCGGCGCACCAGCUCAACGUGAAGGCCAAAGCGCUGCGGCUGCUACAAACUCGCGUCGGCGGAUAUCCGCGAGACCGACACCACCGCCAGUAGCCGUCACUCCCGUCAGUCGAGCAGAUACGACCAGCGCGGCCAGUACCGUCUACAAUGUGCAUUACUACCCUGUUUCAAGUCCUACCCCGCCGGUUGCCAUGCCAUUCAUGGAAGAAGAGGAUGAAGCCUCGAAUGUCGAUGAAGAGAAGGACUAUGUGGUCGACAGUCAACAGCCCGGGCUGCCAAUGCACAAUACUCCCAACGACCCGGGCAGGGAGCAUUCGCCUCAGAUCGUGAAUGUGGACCCGCGAUGGCGCAAUAUCCUGAACCCAUUUAAACGAAGACACGCCGCUUUACCCAGAGAAGUCGCCUCGGCGCAGGCAGAGGAAGAAGGGUACCUUGCACCUGAGCAACACGGGCCGCCAGGAGAACAUGGCGAGGAGUCACCGCACGCCUCUCGGCGGACAGACUUCUUUUCUUUCCAUCAUCUAAAUCCUGGAUCUCGGAGACAGAGUGGUACCGACCCAUUGCCAGUCACUGUCAUCCCAGCUCGGCGUCGCGGCCAACAUACAUGGUCUCCGCAGUGGUUUACAGACUCUAGUCUCCUCCAUCGGUCUUCUAGUCGGAGGGUUGCAUCGCGACCGCAUGACCCACGGAUGCGAGUGAUAUCGCCACAAGUUCAAAGCGCAGCCCCUUGGACUGCUGCUGAUGUAGAGGGUUCUUUUAGUUCUAUGGACUAUGAGUUACGCUAUGACCCAGAAGCAGCAGCCCUUGUCCCUGAGAGCAAUUCCUCCAGCCGGCAGACUACACAGCCCGAGAACCCGAUGUGUCCGUCUUCAUCCAACCAUGGGGACGAUGGCCCGGGACUGCAGCCAUUACCGGAGGUGCGCCCGGAGAGCCAAGACGGGCGGCAACACAAUGAGCCAGAGACCGGCUCCGGUAGCGAAGAACGGCGGUCUCAACGAUAG